AUGUAUUAUGAUAAUGAGUGUCCACUACGUCCUACCAAGGCUGUUGCUCGACGAUUACGAGCUGCUAAUGAACGCCUCGCUCGAAAUGAACUACUGUCCUCAAUUUCUCCUACUCAUUCACAUGAUAUUGAGAUGAAUCAAACCUACGAUGAUCAACCAGGUGAUAUAAACGAUCAAGCAGAUGAUGGUAUGAUGACAGACGAAAAUGAAGAACAAAUAAAAAUGGAUUCAAUAAUACGCGAUGAUAUUACUGAUGGUGUAUUAGCUGAUGAUCCAUAUGUGAAUGACAUCGAUGAAGACAAUAACGAUGCAGAUGGUGAAUUCGUUAGUAGUGUGUUUGAGCAUACAAAAGGUAAACUCAAUCUCGAUAAUAACAAGUCUUCUUCGCCUAGUGUCGAAGAAAUCUCGGUCGCUAUUGUUCUUUUACGCCAUAGACACAAUCUGUCGAAAUCGUGUGUGAAUGACUUGUGCUGUUUUUUGCGUUUCCUCGGUAUUAAAAACGUUCCUAAGAAUUUUCGUUCUAUUGAAAAAUAUCUUGAACAAAAACAAGAGAAUGUACUACAAAGUACAACCUUUUCCGUAUGUUCCAAAUGCGGCAAUAAAGGAAUGAAUUCAUCAAAAUGUGAGAGCAAUGACUGCAACUUCAAAACUGGUUUUUCUUCUGCUCCAACUACCUUAUGUACAUUUCGACUCUUACCGCAAAUAAUAUCGAUUCUUGAACGCCACUCUCUUUUACCAGAAUCCAACGGAGGAUGUGGUUCUGGAAUACGUGAUGUUCAAGAAGGUGCAGUUCAUCGGAAUAUCGUAUUAAAAGAACGACUGACAGAUCCGAACAAGCAAAUAAUCUCCUUUCUUGUCAAUAGUGAUGGUAUCGUCAUAAAGAAAUUUAAAAAAUCCAUUUGGAUAACAUCGAUGGUGAUAAAUGAGUUACCUCGAAAAAUACGGUUCAAUAAUGAUAACAUUAUUAUUUGUUCGAUAUCAAUGGGAAGUAACAAACCCAAGAAGGCUGAAUUUCAGAAGUUUAUUUCUGAAUGGGUUGAUGAGCUGAAGCAACUCGAACUGGGUUUUUAUAUUUGUCCACCGAAUUACAAUGAAACUUUCGUAAAAGUACAUGCGUUUCUAAUCGCAGCAGCACUCGACAAGCCUGCACAAGCUUUAUUGGCAAACAUGAACGAUCCUACUGGUUAUUACAGUUGUGUUCGUUGUACUAUUCGAGGAAAAACGGUUCCAAAAGGAAAAGGCAGUACUCGAGUGUUUAUCAGGGAUAAAGAAAACAAAAUCGAAGAUCGAAAUAAUGAUCUAUAUGAUAGGAAUAUUUUGAAUAUAUCACGCAGAAAACUACCAUUGAAGAAGGACACUGUAGAUCUUGCUUAUGGUCAGCGCGGUCCAUGUAUUUUGCGCGAUUUGACAUAUUUUGACGUUGGUCAAUCACUCACUUCUGACUCUCUUCAUAAUGUGUAUUCGGGAACGUUUAAACGUUUGUUAGAAAUAUGGUUUACAACUGCUAACAAAUCUUAUUCAAUAAAGAAGAGUUUAAAUUUAAUUGAAGGCAAACUCGACUCAAUGCAGUAUCCCACCACCACUUAUCAUCUACCUUCUCAAUUACGACAUUUUCAAACUUUCAAAGGAAAUGAAUUUCGUCUGGUGUUACUAUUCGGCUAUCAGUAUUUUCAACCGUUUCUUCCUGCUCCCCAUUAUCAACACUUGAAACUUCUGGCGUUUGCAAUGGCUUUAUCAGAAUCAUCCGUAAUUUUUGAUGACACAAUCACUACGAUCAAAGAUUUACUAGAUGAAUUCGAUCGUUCGUUUUCAUCAUUAUACUUAUCUGAAGAACGCUUAAUAUUUUAUUCCACAGGUUCAAUUAUUCAAUCGAUAAAUGGACCCAAUCUAAUUAUCUCAGAACUAACCAAUAAUAUAAAUAUUGUCCAAAGUGCAACUAAAGAAUUGAAUAAUAUUAACUUUAACCGAUCGUUAAAGUUAUUUGUACUUCGUAUUUUUUCCACCAAACGUCAAGCAUUACCAAGUGAAAAAUCCUUGGAUGAAAACUUUUCUAUGCGUUUUGCCAGAAAGCUUGAUUUAUUGAACAAUGACAUUCUUGUGAAUUAUUUACAGAACAGCUCGAUUUCAUUCAAAAAUGUUACUAUCUAUCAAACAUUCUGGAAAAACAACAUUCAAUUUUCAACAUAUGAUCUUCUUUCAACGACGAAAAAUUCUGACUCUUGUGUAUUGUUUAAACACCACCAACGUGAAUUAAAUUGUGGUUUUAUUUUUGCGAUUAUUCGCGAAUCAGGCGAUGCUUGUCGACUAAUUAUCCAUACAGUGGACAUUUCCAAUCAAGACACUCUCAAAUUAAAAAACAAAUGGAUAAUCAAUCCGUUCAUAUUCUGGGGGAAGUUGACAAAUCCACAUCGUUUGGUCACUAUUGAUGGACAAGAUAUCAUACUUAAAUUGGCAUUUAACAAAAUUGGUGACGUUUUUCAUUUCUUUCGUUAUCCUAACACUGUGGAAAGUACAUGA